AUGGAACUUAAUUUUGAUUUGAGCUCCUUGUCAAUUCCUGGAUGUGUUUUGAAGUCACCACUUUCUAAACUCGAAAAUUCCAAAAUUCAGUGGGCACGAAAAGCGCGACAACAAUCUGAAUUUUUGCUUUUGAGUCGUGCAAUUGAUGAUUUGGCAAAGUUGUCUGCUGAGGCCCAAUCGAUUAAAAAGCCUGUCACGACAUUUGAGCGUUUUUUGGAUGCUCAGGAUGAACAGGCACUUUAUCUUCUCUGGAAAGACGAAAAAAUAAAUGGAUGUGGGGAAAUUGGUGAUGGAACUGUUGCUAAUGGAGAAAAGAAUGGAGAGAUUAAAAAUGGUGGUCAUGAAGAUUUGUUGGCUGUUUCACAAAAUGGAACUACUCCAAAAAAUGUUUUGCUUGGAUAUUUGAAGAUUGUUCGUGAUCGUCGUCUUUAUUUGGUAAAUGAACGCAGUCGUCGUUAUGUUCACACGCCUAUUUGUGUUUUGGAUUUUUACAUUCAUUCUUCUGUUCAGCAUCACGUCAGAGUCAACAACACCGCAGAAAUGUGCAUUUGA